UGUCUACACCCCCACGCGUGGCGGUGUCUACACCCCCACGCGUGGCGGUGUCUACACCUCGAGCUCGCUGCUCGAGUCAGAGCGCAGAGACUGCGGCAGGAGCGGCGGCAUCACCGCGGAGCUGGGCUUGCAGCGAGCGCUCUGCAAGGAGGGACCGGUUCCAUCAUUGACUGUGACACUGCAAGCUGAGCACGCAGAGCCAUGGCUGAAGAUAAGAGAUUCAAGAACAAGACGGAGCAGGUGCGGAUCCUACUGGACGACCUGAAGAAUCUUUCUAGGUUUGACAAUUCCACCAUACCAACCCUGUUGAGGAUGGACAACAUCCGUGAUCCAUACAACGUCAAGGAGAGAUCUGUCCUUGCAAAAACUUUCCACAAGGAAGGGGGGAUAGAGCUGUUCAUGAAGUUGCUGACGUCUGUCUCCCCGGAUGCCUCCAACGUCCCGGAUUCUCUAUGGAGACCCAUGGAGUGGGGCACAAAAAACGUGCUGGCUUACAUUAAAAGCUCAGAUCCUGAGAAGACAUUCGUGGACUGUGGAGGCCUCAAGUUCCUGCUGAGCCUGCUCAAGCACCACGCCUGCCAGGGCCUCGUGCUGCGCUUUGAAUCCCGCAACACGCUGAGGUUUGCUGUUACAACUCUGGCAAACCUGAGCGAGGAGGUGGAGCUGAAGUCGUGCUUCCAUCAAGAGCUGGCGGCGGACGUGCUGGCCUGCUACCUGGACGUGCCCGACGCACCCUGCAAGCUCUCCGCUCUGAACGCCCUGGCCAGGAUCACCACUGAGCAGGACCUGGACAUCAUCUGUAACGCAAAGGGAGCCAUCUCCCUGCUGACGGACAUGGUGAACUGGCCCUCAUACAAUGACUUCACAUUGCUGGAGAACAUCUUAUACUCAUCCAAGAAGCUGGUGGAGACUCUCUCCAUGAUCUCCAUCACAGCCGGCAUCCGCGGGAAGACGCUGCAGUCGGGAGCCGAGCUGGAUCAAGAGGCACUGCAGGAAAUUCUCCCCAAGCUGAGAGAGAAGCUGAAGGUGGAGACAAAGAGACGAGAUUACAGGCUCGAGUGGGGAGACAUCGCCGUUCCCCCAGAACCGCAUCUUUGGGAAUAA